AACCUCUUUCCUCAAAAAAACUAAAGGAGCUGAAGGUGCCUGUUGUGGAGAACAAAAAGUGUGAAGACACAUUUACAGGCACAGAAAAAACAGAAAUCAAAGACAACAUGAUCUGCGCCGGGUUAAAUGCUGAUAAGAAGGGCUUCUGUAAGGGGGACAUUGGGGGUCCGAUGGUGUUAAAGACAGGAGGUGUCUGGGUCCAGGCUGGAGUCAUGACCUUUGGAAAAGUUUGUUCAACUUCUUACUCUCCAGGAGUCUCUGCCGGAGUGUCCAUGUAUGAGUCCUGGAUCAAAACCCAAAUCACCAGUGACCAGCCAGGCUUUGUCACCAACCCGUACGUGGACCUCUCUAAGGGUAAUUCAUGUCUGUUAACUACAGUCAUGUGUUUUUCUGUCAUGAUGACCAUGCUUUGCUAAAUAUCUAACUGAUUUUUAAGCUGAACUUUGAAAGCUUUGAGAUUAGACAUUUUUCCACACUGCGUGACAGUUUCAGAUCUAUUCUGUAUCAGCUUGUUCCACCUCUUCAUUGAGGAUAAAUGAUCUUUACACUGAGAGAAAUAUUCAAACCAAAGGCUCCAUGCUUUUUAUGGCUGCACUAUUCUAACAGAACAGAAAUAUUCCAGAUGUUUGUGCAUCAUUUUGUACAAAUUUUCCCCAAGUCAGCUUGACAUGUUUGGUAUCCUUUUUUGGAUCUCUGCUAGAAUUAAAAAUAAAGUU